GUUUCCUGUCAAGAUGGCGGAUAAUCUCCCUUCGGAGUUCGAUGUGAUCGUAAUAGGGACGGGUUUGCCUGAAUCCAUCAUUGCAGCUGCAUGUUCAAGAAGUGGCCAAAGGGUUCUGCAUGUUGAUUCAAGAAGCUACUAUGGAGGAAACUGGGCCAGUUUUAGCUUUUCAGGACUGUUGUCCUGGCUAAAGGAAUAUCAGGAAAAUAGUGACAUUGUAAAUGAAAGCCCAGUGUGGCAAGAGCAGAUACUUGAAAAUGAAGAAGCCAUUGCUCUUAGCAGGAAGGACAAAACUAUUCAACAUGUGGAAGUAUUUUGUUAUGCCAGUCAAGAUUUGCAUGAAGAUGUUGAAGAAGCUGGUGCACUGCAGAAAAAUCAUGCUUCUGUAACAUCUACAAACUCCAUGGAAGCUGCAGAUUCUGCCUGCCUGCCUACAGAAGAUAAGUCAUUAAGCACUGUGAGCUGUGAAAUGCCCGCAGACCAAACUUCAAGCAGUGAUCCAGAGAGUGCCCUAGAAGUAAAUGAUGCUGAGGUGACAGGGGAGAAAGAAAACCAUUGUGAUGAUAAAACUUGUGUGCCGUCAACUUCAGAAGAAGAAACAAGUGAAAAUGUGCCUCCAGCAGAAGAUACUGCAGAGCAACCAAAGAAAAAUAGGAUUACUUACUCGCAAAUUAUUAAAGAAGGCAGGAGAUUUAAUAUUGAUUUGGUAUCAAAGCUGCUGUAUUCUCGAGGAUUGCUAAUUGAUCUUCUAAUCAAAUCUAAUGUUAGUCGAUAUGCAGAGUUUAAAAAUGUUACCAGGAUUCUUGCAUUUCGAGAAGGAAGAGUGGAACAGGUUCCUUGUUCCAGAGCAGAUGUCUUUAAUAGCAAACAGCUUACUAUGGUAGAAAAGCGAAUGCUAAUGAAAUUUCUUACAUUUUGUAUGGAGUAUGAGGAACAUCCUGAUGACUAUAAAGCCUGCGAGGAGAUGACAUUUUCUGAAUAUUUAAAAACUCAAAAAUUAACCCCCAACCUCCAAUAUUUUGUCCUGCAUUCUAUUGCAAUGAUAUCAGAGACAGCCAGCAGUACCAUAGAUGGUCUCAAAGCUACCAAAAACUUUCUCCACUGUCUUGGGCGGUAUGGCAACACUCCAUUUUUAUUUCCUUUAUAUGGCCAAGGAGAACUCCCCCAGUGUUUCUGCAGGAUGUGUGCUGUGUUUGGUGGAAUCUAUUGUCUUCGCCAUUUAGUACAGUGCCUUGUGGUGGACAAAGAAUCUGGAAAAUGUAAAGCAAUCAUAGAUCAGUUUGGUCAGAGAAUAAUCUCUAAACAUUUCCUUGUGGAGGACAGUUACUUUUCUGAGAACACUUGCUCACAUGUGCAGUACAGGCAGAUCUCCAGGGCAGUCCUGAUUACAGACAGAUCUGUACUAAAAACAGAUUCAGAUCAGCAGAUUUCCAUUUUGACAGUACCAGCAGAGGAACCAGGAUCUUUUGCUGUUCGGGUGAUUGAGUUAUGUUCUUCAACAAUGACAUGCAUGAAAGGCACCUAUUUGGUUCAUUUGACUUGUACAUCUUCUAAAACAGCAAGAGAAGAUUUAGAACCAGUUGUGCAGAAAUUAUUUACUCCUUAUACUGAAAUGGAGAUAGAAAAUGAAGAAGUUGAAAAGCCAAGACUUCUAUGGGCUCUUUACUUCAAUAUGAGAGAUUCUUCAGACAUCAGCAGGAACUGUUACAAUGAUUUACCAUCCAAUGUUUAUGUCUGCUCUGGCCCAGACUGUGGUUUAGGAAAUGAUAAUGCUGUCAAACAGGCUGAAACACUUUUCCAGCAAAUCUGCCCCAAUGAAGACUUCUGUCCACCCCCACCAAAUCCUGAAGACAUUGUCCUUGAUGGAGACAGUUUACAACCAGAGGCUCCAGAAUCUAGUGCCAUACAAGAGGUCAACUUAGAGCCUCCCAAGGAAAGUGCAAACCUGGGAAACCCAGAGGAACCCUCUGAAUAAUGGAUUUAUACCAUACUGGAUACCCCACUUUGGAAAUCCCUACUGGCCUUAGUCCUCUUGAUGGACUGUUUGAAAAAUGUUAGAAAGCAGCAGCCAGUUGACGUACAGAAUCAGGAGAAGUAGGUCAUAGAAAUCCAAAAGGAGAUUUUCUUUAAUGAGUACAUUCCAAGAACACAAAACACUCGUAAAGCACAUUGACUUGUCUGUUUUAGGAUACCAAACCUGUGGGAUUAGCAGAUGAAAAUUAUAAAUGGAUUCCCAGCAAUAUAGCUAUAGACAUGAAAGUGAUCCCUAUGCACUGUUAAUUAUUCUCUAGUAUUAGGACAACUUUUGUUUGCAACUUAGGAUUUUCGGAUUGAAAGCUACAUCUUCAGAAUCAGCUCACAUACUUCCUUUGAUUAUUUAAAUAAUAUUUUCUUUAUGAUUAUGAGCAUCAUGACAUAAUUGAUAAAAGCAUAUGCAAAUUCAGUUGAAAAAAACUAAAGUAUCAUGACCCAGGCAAGAACCUGUAUUUGUUUUCUUUCAUUUUCUAUGUUGAGAAGUAUUGAAAAUGCUAAUAUUAAGGUGUUUAGAACUUAAUUUUUACUAACAACUUGUGAGUCUAUUGCUUAGUAAUUUUUUUUUUAAUAUUAGUAGUUGAAAGGAAAAGCCCCAGCCUGAGCACAAAAAUAAAACCCACCAGGAGACAGGGACUCAACCAAAGUGUGUUAGGCAGGCAAAAUGAGCAAGCGGGCUGCCCUCUCAGAAGUGGGAGCAGCAGCAGGGAGAGUCGGGUUGGGCCUUUUAUAUCCAGUUAGGCUGAGCUGGACUGUUCCUAUUGGCUAAGAAGGAAGGGGUGGGAAGCGAGAGGGGUUUAAGCUGAGUUGGGAUUUUUCUGUAGGUGGAGAAAUUCGCACGUGCAGGAAAGGGAUGUGAUUGUGAGGAAGAAGGGAAGGGGUUUUUUUUGUGAUUCUCAGAAAACGUGCUGUUCUAGGGACCUGAAACUCUCUGCAGCCAUUUUGGGUGUUCCUCCCGACCGCCCGCCGCCGUCUUAGACAUCCGCUAAAACAUAAUUGCCUAACAUUCCCCCCUCUUUGGUUUAGAUAGAAAAAUGGGCAUCGCCAUCAUCUCUGGCUACUUCCUGCUGAAUGAGGGGCAUCGUAGGGGUUGCUGGAAGUGGGCACAAUUGUAGUAAGUUGCACCAGUAAAGAUAUUGUACUUUGUUGUAGUCUUAGAGUUAAGGCCUCUUGAAUGCAGCAUGCACAUUUAUGUAAACAGACAAUCAGGAUAGGCCUAGAAUUACUAGAAAAAUUCUGAUAGCCUUACUGCAGGUAUAUGUAGAACAAUGAAAGAGAGAUUUUAUGGUCUCAUGGCCCAGCUCAUAUUGUACCCUGUUUCAUCCAUUAGCCAGCAUCAGAAUCUCUCUUCCAGAUCAUUUACUGAAUACUGUUGAAAAGCUCCUGAAUAUGAUUAGUGGUGAUUAAAGUAUUACACAACUGCUAAUAACCUUGUUAGAAAAUUUAGAUAUAUCCUGUUGCCUCAGAAUGUAACAAAUUACUCUAAGAGCUUUCUUUUAAGCUAUCUUAAUUACUGCAAAUAAAUAUUUAUUUUCAUAGUUUUAAGUCAAAAAAAGAAAAACCUUUUGGUUUUGUUGUAAAACCUUGAGCCUGAAGUCAUAUGAAUGAAAUUAAUAUGUUGUACAUAAUGCAAAAGUUUCAAUAGCCAAUUUGAAGUUUUGAAAAUUGCUAUUAUCAGAGAAUUUGGAUCAGGUGUUUAAAUUUAGUUGUGCAUGCUUCUUAUUAACCAAAAAUGAUAAUACCAUUCAGUUUAGUAAUCAGUAUGAAAACCAAUUAGUUAUUGGUUUGUGUUUUUCUAGUUGCUGUGCCUGCCUAGAAAAACAUAUAUAUAGUAAAAGUCGAUUGAUAUAUUUUUCUAUACAAAAAUGGGGUUAUAGUUUUCCCCAUCUUCUAUAAUAUUUAGUUGUCCAUAGUAAAAGCCACAGUAAUGGGUAACUUGUAGGACAGUCCUAGUAUCUGAGAUUGGCAGCCCUUUGUCUAAAAUAGUGGCCAUGAGUUUCCUGGAUUGGCAGCCCUUGGUCUAAAGUCCUAAAAACUUCCAGAAAAAAUUGUUGAAAUUUAAUUGCUAAAUAGUGAUAUUUUAAAGCAGGAAUUCUAACAAUUUUCUUGGAAAUAAGCUAUUUACUGCUAUUGGUAUUGAGUAAUUUGUCUUUUACUCAGUUAAUUUUAUAUAUAUUUCCAAAAAGCAUGAAUAUAUGAUUAUUCAUAAAUUUGCACACUGUCACAGUAAGUUUUCAGAAGA